AUGGCGGACGAGCGAGGCGACAAGCAGCCGGUAGUGGGCGCUGGCGAACGAGCUGGCCACGAGAGUCUCCGUGUCCAUCCUGGUCGAGCACACUCACUUCACCCACGUUCUCGCCCUCCGGAUCUCGAGCCAUCCCGUCCUUCUCGUGGUCCCGUGUCACUGCGACAGGCAUUCAGCAUGCGUGAACGCGUAGACUAUGGACAGGCGAGACGGCGGGCGGCCAGACAGCGGGCGGCCAGAAUGGCUGGUGAGCAGCACAGCGAGAGGGACGACGAUCGAGCAGCAUGGCGGGCGAGAGGGACGAUGAGAGAGAGGGACGGCGAAACAAGUAAUAGGGCGGGUGAGACGGCGGGUGAGCGGCUAAAUAGCGGGCGAGCAGACGAUGAGGCGGGCGAGCGGGCGAACGAGUGGGCUAGCAGGAUGGCAAGUAUGGAGGGGAGGGGAGGGAGGAAGACAGGUGGACUCGGCGAGGGAGGGCAAGCGGGCGAGCGAACCAGAAAGAGGGUGAGAGCAGGCAGGCGCGAACGGGCGGGCAGGUGA